AUGUCAGCGGUAAUGGACAUCUCCGCCGGAUGCCCCGAAUUCCUACCAUCCCAUGCGCCGGCGGCCGACCUUAUGGAAGAACGAUACACCGCAAUCGAAAAGUUGAAUGAAGGCGGGCAAGGCGAGGUAUUCCUCGCCGAGUGCAAAGCGAACAAGCAGCUCGUGGCCGUAAAAGUAAGCAAAUUCAAGGGCGAUGGCAGUCUUCUGGAAGAGGCAAAAUUACUCAUGAAGCUCCCUAGGAACAAGCGUAUCGUGCAGCUGCUCGGCUGCUACGAAGACCACCGGCAGGACGUACUAGGCACCAGCCUGGUCCUGGAGUAUUGCCCCGGUGGCGAUCUAGAGGAAUACAUGGACCGGUGUUCCGACGGAGGAAGGAAGAGUAUACCCGAGGCGUUCAUAUGGCACGCGUACUGCCAGAUAAGCGAGAUGCUGGCAUUUUUACACACAGGAUACACACCUGAGCAUGGAAUCCCAGCCAGUUGGACGCAGAUUAUCCACGGAGAUCUCAAGAUCGAGAAUCUCCUGCUUGGCCCAACGGAGCCAGGUGCCAGGUUCCCGAACCUACUACUCGCAGAUUUCGGCGCCGCAACCGAAUACGAUCCCAGAGCCCUCUUCGGACCCUACGUCACCCGGGGCACUCGGGUGUGCUGGGCUCCAGAAGCGCCGCUCCCAGUCCUAGCCAGCGAUGUCUGGACUGCCGGCGUAGUCAUCCACCAGCUGGCGCGGAACGAGCGCCCCAGGGCAGACUGGAAGGGUACCGCUCGCGAGCACAAAGUCUGGCCUGAAGAAGAGGACGCCGUGUAUUGGUUGUCGAAAACCCCGAGGAUGUUCUACGACCUCACGGUUGAGCUUGAGCCGGAAUGUCCAGACAGAUUCGGGUUCGCUAAGUACAGCGAUGAGCUCGACUGGUGGAUGAUGAGGGCGCUCGAGCAGUCCUGGCAAACACGCGUUACGGCUCUCAGUCUCGUCUUCGAGAUGAUCCCGGUGGCAAGAGCCAAAACGGCAAUUCUGUAG